CGCCAUGCCGAGCUCGAGUGCGUACGCGAUGGCGUUCACAUCGCUUCUGCCCAAGACGAUGGACCUGCAGCAGUCGGGCGCGAUGAAGUCGUCGACGUCGCGCCGCACCAAGAGCAGGUCGAGCCACUACACGCUCUACGAGAUGCCCAUCACGUGCCCGAUCACACGCCGGUCCUGGGUGCUCCGGAAGCGCUUCUCGGACUUUCUGCGCUUUCGCCAGCAGCUCCGGCUCCUCAGCUCGAUGAUCUCGCCGCACCCGGACCAAGUCGUCACCAUCGACAUGGUCCACUCGAUCCUCUCGGUGCCGUUUCCGAGAAAGCACAACUUUCAUCGCUUCGAGUCGCACGUGAUCGCCGAGCGCACGGCCAUGUUCCGGAGCCUCCUGACCCAAGCCAUGGUGUGCCGAACCGCGGCGGUGCUCUACACACAAAAGAUCUCGCUCUUGCUCCAGUGCGCGAGCAUGCCCUCGGCGUUGGCUCCGCUUGCCGCCCUCCUCGAGUCGUUCCUGAACGUCCCGCCGCACCUCAAGACGACGCACUUGGUCGAAAAUGCCGCCAACGCCGGGUGUGCUAUCUGCCUCUGCGACUACGAAGAGCGCGAGUGGCACGUUGCGUGUCAUAUCGUGCAGCUGCCGUGCCGACACUUGUUCCACGCCAACUGCGUGCUCGAGUGGCUCCAAGGGCAGCACACGUGCCCUCUGUGCCGCGCUCCGACCGAGACCAUGGAAGGCGUUUACGUCGCGCCGCCAUAA